AUGGCACUUGAUCUUGCCGUCAAGCUCAAGCAGGCUGUUGUGCAGACGUGGAAAGAUACCUCGACCAAAGGGUCUAUCGACAAAGCGGAGGUGACCGCCCAGAUGCCCUACCAGAAACUUACCGGAACAAAUGGCGUCAAAAAGCAGCUUUACUACCCUUACUGGUUCUUUUUGGCUGUCUGGCUCGGCCCCGGUCAUCCACUUCUCCAAUCUAUUCGCGAAGACAUGUCAGAUCUCUGGGGCCUCCAAUUCCCGACCGACGCCAUCAUGUAUCCCAAAUUCAUCCCCAUCGAAGCCCAGAAGAGCAUAUUCUACGGAAAGGUUGCCACGGCACCCAGCGAAGAUUGCAUUGAGGAGCGAGCAAAGGCUAUCAAGAAGGCAAUAGACAAUUCACCGGUCAAUGGCCUCAGCGCUGCUAUCAAAGGACAUCUCCCAGAUGACCUGAACGAAUUCGGCACUAACCCGAGAAUAUACUCACUCGAGAUGCGCCUAGCCUCGACAUACCAUGAACUUGAAGAUACAAGAAAGCACGUCAGCAAUCUUGAGAAAGAAUUAGCCGAGUCCAAAGCGUCACAAGCGCGCGCACUAGAGAAGACGAAAAGCGACAUGGAAACCCUCCGAAAAGAGAUUCAACAGCUUAAAACCGCACAAGGACAAAUCGACAACGUCAAGAAGGAUCUUGAAGCACUUCGAGCAAUGCUUACCCAGCACUCAACAAGCUGUCAACAGCGCGCGGCCGGUAUCGAGACGAAGGUACUCAGCGGGCACAAGAAGGUCGAGAAAGAGAUGAAUGUCCUGCGCAGCGAGGUAGCUCACUUAGACAAGAAGGCGGAAAAGGCGGUGGAAACUGGGGCUCUGGUUCUGAGUAUUCUGUCGACCACCGGAGCUCCGAAGCGAAAGCUGGAUGACAUGUCUUGA